AUGGAACAAAGUAAUCUACCAGAAGAUUCUCCUCAAAACCCAUCUUCCUCCACUCCAAAAUCAAUUAACCCGCGUUCCCGUAAUCGACGAUGCAUUAUCUGUUCACAAAUCAAAAGUCUCGGUGAGUUCCGAGAUAUAAGAAAAGCCAAUGAAAGACUGCUCAUCCUUAUCGGAUGUCUCUAUCGAAAAUCGAUAUCUAUGGAACGAGCGGAAACGAUUAUGAAGAAUAGAUUGAUUGCUGUUUGCAUUACUCAUAUUCAGGAGACACUCGACGAGAUAUACACAAGAUUAUGCAUAACAGAUGUCAGAUAUCUCAAUAGUUGCUCCAUAGACAGAAUACAGAAUAUGUUGGUUACUGUAGCAGUUCUGAAACCUGAUAUGACUGCCGUUUCGCUUCGAGACGCACUUUUCAAAUUUCUCGAUAGAUUUGAUUAUGUUCGAAACGACAUGAAUUAUGGAAAAUUGACAAUCGAAGGUCCUCCCGAAGCCUCGACGUCGUUUACUGAAUAUACGAAAAGAAGAGCCGAUGCGGAGGAAGAUUUUGUCAUGAAAAAGAAUCCCCGAAAAUCCGCGAACUAG